AUGGUACUCUCAUGCAUCAUCCUAUGUAUUGCCUUUGCGCUGGGCCAUGUCCUACCGCUGACCGCCGGCUGCGGUCAGCAGCACUUCCAUAAGGGCAGGCGCAUCGCUGAGGAGUCCGACACCUCCGCCUGGAACUAUGACCUCAACGGCGCCGACUGGCCCGGGACCUGCAAGGAGGGCAGGGCACAGUCCCCGAUUGCCAUCCAGCUGACUGCUGCUGCCCCAUUUGCCGGCCCCCCAAUCUCGUUCGAGUUUGGCAAGGCAAAGGGACUCCGCGUAUUCAACAUCAGGACCGCAAUCCAGGUGGAAUGGGACGACCUCGAGGGCAGCCAAACCGUGAUCCCCACGAACGGCAUGUGGGGGUCCGACGCGGAGAACAUCUCCUCCGUUCCCGUCAAACCUUUCCAGUUCCAUUGGCAUUCUACAUGCGAACACAUAGUGGACGGCUUCAUGUGCCCCUUGGAGCUGCACCUGGUCACGAAGGUGGACAACGAGACGGACGCACCGGUGCCAAGGUACUGCCAGAAAAACACCUGCCUGGCUGUGUUCGGCGUCACGUUUGAGUAUAACGCAGACGAUGUCUUCACAGGAACUGUGCCUUUCAUGGAGGGCAUCGUAGAAAGUCUUCCCUCCCAGGAUGACGUAGUCGCACAGGACGCGACAUUCUUGGACACCACCUUUGACCUGAACACGCUCAUACCCUCCAACUCGAGCUAUGCCUGGUACCAGGGAUCACUCACGGCGCCGCCUUGCUGGGAAGGCGUGAGCUGGCAUGUCUUCACCGAUCCCAUGGAGGGUCUGUCGGUGCCACAGCUGGAGGCCCUGCAAUCGGCGUUGGCCUCGCAUCCCGAGGAGCGCGAGCUCACAUGCUCCCCAGAUGAAGACAGUGGAUGUGGAGUGACCGCAGCAGACUGCACCACCACGCACGGCAGCAGGACCAACAACCGUGCCCUGCAACCGACCAAUGGACGCCAAGUGUUCCUGGCCUCGGCGGCGUGA